ACACACAGAGAAUCGGAGUAUAUUUUCAGCCUUAUAUCUUACAUUUUUUGUUAUUACUGUUUAAGUGUAGAUUCUCAGUCUGUGCUUGCAGACUAGUCAUAAACCUUUCUGUAAAUGCGACUGGCGCAUUAGGCUAGCAAGCUGUACUGGGGUUGUAAACACUGAAACGGAAAUCCGCAACGAAUUCUUAAUCUUAUGAAUUUACCUUUGACAAGCAAAAACUACAUGUGUUUGAGUCAAUAUUUCCUUAUUAAAGUACGUUCGGCGGAGGGAUUCAUGUAGACCAGGAGAUGAAUAAUCUCAUCUUCAUUACACUUAACAUCAGCCCCGACGUCAAUCUCUGAGUCUAAGCAGGUCGAGGGACAAGCAGAGAAAAUAAGAGAGAUCAUAUCAGACUAGUCAUGUUAGAUGUAGAGGUUGUACCUGGUCGUUCCCUUGGCAGUGAACAAUGGGAGUUUGUCCUGGGAAUGACAUUUACCCAAGCAGUGAAUAUUCUUCGGAGACAAUACAGGAUCAUUAAGGAUGUCCAGGUCAUUUAUUGUGAAUCGGUCCCACUUACAUUAGAUCUGGUGCUGAAUUUGACACAGGAUGGGAUCAAAUUAAUAUUUGAUUCUUAUAAUCAAAGGCUUAAGAUCAUUGAGAUAUACGAUCUACACAAAAUCAAGCUCAAGUACUGUGGGAAGCACUUCAACUCACCGCUUGUCUUGCCGACUAUCGAGCAGAUUGAUGGAUCCUUUGGUGCUACCAAGCCCGCUGUCUAUGAUGCGGCUCAGCAGCUUUUUACCAUCAACUUCAGGGGUCUAUCCUUUCUAUUCCCCAUCCCAGCUGAUGCCAAGUUUGAGCAACCUAGUGUACAUGGUCUAGGGUCUAUUCCACUACCCAGCAAGACAUCGGUUCAAGUCAGUCGUAUCUACAUCUAUGGUGGUAGCAACCCUCAGGAGUCGAAAGCUCCACCCAUUCCAAGUAGUUGUUUCUGCGGCAACGUGUUCUGUGAGAAUGUGGAGACUCUUGAGCAAGAUGGUGUUCCUCAGGGAUUGAAAUUUCACCUUUUAGUAGAUGCGUCGGGCCAGAGCAGAUCACCGGAUGCAAAGAGGCAGGCGGUGGUGAGGACAGUGACAUUUGGAGAUUCCUGUCAGGAUGUGAUGAGUAGUCUAGGGGCACCAAACAAGAUCUUCUUCAAAUCAGAAGAUAAGAUGAGGAUCCACUCUAGAUCAUUUCACAAGGAUCAACCCAGGACAUCAGACUACUUCUAUAACUAUUUCACAAUCGGAGUUGACAUCUUAUUCGAUGCUUCUACUCAUUGUGUAAAGAAGUUCAUCUUACAUGCAAACUAUCCUGGUCAUUACAAUUUCAAUAUCUACCAUCGAUGUAAUUUUGAGAUUCUCCUCCCCCAUACAAGGUUCAACAGAGAAGAUGAGAACAAUGAGAGCCCUCUAUCUAUCACAACAUUUACCAAGUGGGACACGUUGAAUCACCGACUGAUACGCUCAUCACAGAAGCCAGUAGUACUGAACAGAGCCUCGGCCAUGAACACAACUAAUCCAUUUGGGUCCACAUUCUGUUAUGGAGUACUCAACCUUAUAUUUGAGGUGAUGCCCAAUAAUCAUCUAGCGUCUGUUACCAUGUAUGACCCAACAGUAGCUUCUAUGGAGACGCUAGACUGAGAAGCCAUUGUCAGACUGGACAAUCCAGUCUGGACAAUCUUCAACCUGGACUAUCCAGACCUGGUCUAGCCAAAACAAGGACUCACUCUUAACCAAUGAUGUAUUGAGGCUACAUUAAGUCAUCUUGGUCCUACUCUAGGCAUCUGAAUAGUUGAUGUCAGGCAGGUUUAAAUGAAAAAGUGAUAGAGUUAUUUUUCAUUGGACUGCUGGCUUAUAUCUGAGACCAAUGGAUUGUACUGAAACUAUGGUCUUAAACCCCCAAUAGAGCAUUGACUCAUAUCUUUGCUUCAAAGCACUUUUUCACUUAGGGUAUGUCUAUAUUUGCAACAGAUUUGCUCAUUAAUUCUGAUGCCUUUCCUUGACUAAUAAUUAUUGGUCAUUUAUUUUAAAGUAAUAAUUUAAAGUAAUCCCCUGCCUACUGUUCAGAAUCUAUAUAGUACUCUCAAUGCUCAUUAACAAAACCCCCUCAGAAAUAAGCUUUAAUAAUGAGAUAGCUUCCACAACUUGUAACAUGAAAUUAGUCAAUAUGAGCUUAUAAGGAACAUAAUUAUCACAUGUGUGAACCUCACAGGCUUUCAGUAAAAAACCCCUUCUUUAAAAAAAUGCCUGCAUAUGCGCUUAAUAUAUAUUUAUAUUGUAUUGACAGGGUAUGAGCGAAAUAUUGUACAUAUUUCCCAAAGUAGUCUUUUAUUUCCCCCAAUUCUUGACAAAGGCAUUAUUGGUCUUCUGAGGGAAUCUCCCCAAAAUUGAUGCCAGUCAAUAUGAUUAUUACCUACAGCUUUAUAAUGCGUAAUUUAGUCUCUGAUUGAAAGUAGGUUACAAAAUAUGAAUAAUUUAGCUACUACAAUGCCUUUUAUAGGUUAUGAUAUGAAUCAUCUUGCCGGUUGGAACAAGGAGGAAUGUCAUUUUGAAAUGGAUAUAUCAACACAUAGAUUAACAAAAGGCAUUACCCAUUAGAAUAAUUUGUUUAUGUGUAAAAUAGAAAAGAUUUAAAUAUAUACCUGUAAUUAUGAACUCUUUUGUUGAAGUAUGAAAUUUGUUGUGUACAUUAGAUGCAUCAAUACAACAACAUGGUCUGUCAAAUAUUGUGAAAUAUAUUUAAAUGAUGUGUAUAAUAUGUAUUAUGUUUCUCAUUAAGAAUUAUAUCAUCUGUUUAUUAUGUAAUAAAUAUGUCAAUUUACAGCUAAA